ACAUUUGAGGAUCGUCGUGCAAGUCGGAUUUAACCUUUGUGGACAAAACCUAUUGUUUGUGGAUUUAUUUUUCUGUCAUAUAAACUGCUGUUGUUUUGUUUUGUUUUUGUUUUUGUUUUUUAAACAUGGGGACACUGCUGUUAUUUGCUGUCUUGCAAGUGGUGACAGUCGGUCUGGUGACUGCGGGCUGCCCGGCGGUUUGCGAGUGUCCGGCGGGGCCCCCGUCCUGUCCCCCGGGGGUCAGCUCAGUCCCUGACGGCUGCGGCUGCUGCAAGGUGUGCGCCGCCCAGCUCAACCAGGAUUGCCACGAAGGACGGCCCUGCGACCACCACAAAGGCCUGGAGUGCAACUACGGCAACGAUGUGGGCCGAACCCACGGCAUCUGCAGGGCUAAGGCAGAAGGCCGCUCCUGCGAAUACAACGGGCGGAUUUAUCAAAACGGAGAGAAUUUCCGCGCCGGUUGCAAGCACCAGUGCACCUGCAUCGAUGGAGCGGUGGGCUGCGUGCCCCUUUGCCCCAGCCAUGUGCCCCUGGCAUCGCCUUCCUGUCCUUCCCCACAGCUGGUCAAGGUGCCAGGCCAGUGCUGCCUCAGCAUCGACUGCCACAAGGGGACCACCGUCAUGCCCCCGGCGCACAGGCGGCCGCAACCUCCAGCUUACCCGCCUUACCCCUUCAUUCCCUACCCGGCCUACCCCUACCCCAAGCCUUACCCGAAACCUUUCCGGAAGCUGUAUCCCUACAAACCCAAAAAGGAGAAGGACACCAUGGGCAACGAGCUGGUGGAGGUGGGGCGCAAAUGGGACAAGCCGCGUGGAAACAAGCACCUGGCGGCCUGGAGGCAGGUGGGAGAUCAGUGUGUGGUUCAGACCACUUCCUGGUCUCAGUGUUCUCGGAGCUGUGGGAUGGGCGUGUCCUCUCGUGUUACCAAUGACAAUGCCCGCUGUAAGCUGAUCAAGGAGACGCGCCUGUGCAACAUUCGGCCCUGCAGCUCCAUGUCCAUCCCCGUCAAGAAAGGAAGGAAGUGCUCUCGUACCCAUAAGGCCCCUGAGCCUCACCGUCUGUCCUAUGCCGGCUGCAGGAGCACUCGCCUGUACAGGCCCAACUACUGCGGCGUAUGCAGGGACGGCCGCUGCUGCUCGCCCCGCCGCACGCGCACCGCCAGCGUGACCUUCGCCUGCCCUGACGGCGAACGCUUCAACAGGUCCGUGAUGUUCAUCCAGUCCUGCAAGUGCAGCGACGAGUGCAACCAUCUUAACGAGGCCGCCAUGCCUCCACAGCGAUGGCUCUACGGCGACACACAUAAGUUCGUCGACUAGUGGUACCCCCCCAGCCCCCCCCCAACCCCACCCCCAAACCUACAUUCCUUCACAAGACUUUAACUCCCCCAUAGAAUAGAUUAGCUGUCCUUAGUGUAUCUUUGAGUAGACGUGAGAAAAAGGUGCACACGUCAAAACAUCUCGUCUGGAAAACAAUUUGGGGAGGAAUGGGGAGAAGAACGAAUCAGAUGGGCGCAUCUCCAACUUGGAAACAGCAAAGUGACCAGCCCCUGCUUUAGUGUAGAUAAAAAAGUAGUUCUGUUCCGGCCAGACUACUUCAGACUUUGACAAAAAUCUUUGUGGAAGCAUGGACGCAGCCAGCUGCCAUGUUGCUGCCACGCACCAAAACGUCCUCUGAACUCUGAGACUUUUGUUGGGGACAAUGGAGCGAGAGCUGACACGUACAAGUGAACGUUGACGGUGUGAAUUCACACCUCAGAUACUGAGCAACAGAUCGGACGAGCUGAUACGAAGCUGGUCUGGCUGGCUGGUGCUUUGGAGCCAAAUAUGAAACCAGCUGUGCACUCCAAUAGCCGAGUGACGAUAAACCAAAUGAAGACUCACAAAGAAGACUGGGAUGGCGAAAGGUGGAGGAGCAUCUCAGAUGUUCUGGCAGAAGCGAGGCUUGUGUCUUUUUAUGGUAUUUAUUCAUUGGUAUUUAUUGUUGGGACAGACACAGCGGCCUGCCACCAGGGAAGGCGGCGCUGCUAUGUUUGGAGCAUCAGUGUGGCUGAACGGGGAUCUGAGAGGGACAAAACAGCUGAGAGCUGUCACCCAUGAGAGGGAGAGGAGGACUCCCACAGAAUCCGCGGCUUGACCCCCGGGGUCGCAUCAGAGGUCACAGCGGUCAGAGAGCCAUAUCUAAUGAUGGAUGAUGAAGGCUGCAGGAGAAGAGGAGGUAUGUACUGGAAAAAGACAGAGUUGAACCUGAUGGGUUAAGGCUUUGCACGCAUUAGUGGGGAAUAUGUCAAAGGUUGUUUACACAGCUGGGCUCAUCCCCUGCCUUGCCUCCACAAGAAACUGAGACAUUUAGCAAGCACCAGAAGAACAAGCCUGGGAUUCUGGCGUCAAGAAGUCGACCGCCUAAUUCUGUGCAAAUUACAAUCCUGACUCUGAGGGGCAGUGAGAGAAAAUCAGCCACUCUCUGGUUUGCUAUAAAAAUAAAAUUUGAAAACGGCGUGUACUGAGGUAAACAUGUAAUUUGUGACUCGCGGGCGGAACCGCUCUGGUGCCCAAUCUGGCCUGUAAUCGAGCGACAAGCCGGCUCACUGAAACGAAACAAUAACUCAUGCGUCGUCGUGUUUAAGUUGUGUCUAUUUCUGAGAAACGCUGUUAAAGGCUGACGUCACUGUCGGAGCUCCGUGGCCAAUGGAGAGGACGGAGCCAGACGUCAACAAGUUACCUGUUUCUAAGGACACUGCUAAAGACACGAUUGAAGGAGAGGAAUCCUGUAUUAUUGUUUAAUUUUUGUGACUGAGAUCCUUUAGA